AUGACCGGCAGCGUGGGAGUCAUACAGGCUGACAAUCAACUUCUAAAUGCGGACCGCUGGCAAUUCAUCUAUUGUCAAGCGGCAAUGGCUGAUGAUGAGAACUACAUUCGUCCUGAGAAUCUUCCAGCUGGUGUACCGACCACGGCUCGACCGGCAUUGAAAAUCGAAAUGAACUGUACUCCGAUGAAACACUAUGACGCCUUUGAUUGUUUCCGAUUGAAACUUUGCGACCUCUCGGUUCAACUGGACGAGCUACUUCUUUGGAAAUUUAUCCAAUUUGUGCAAGCGACUGAUGCGAGUCAAAGAAUACAGCCGAGUGCCCUCGAAAUGCCACCAAAUACCGAAUUGGAUCGCCCAAAUCCGUUAGCAUCAAGAAAGUGUUACUUUGGAAGGUUGGAGUUAGAUAUGGGUCAAAUUGCUCUUUCUGUUGCAACAAUUCCGAAAAGUGGACUGCCAAAAGAUCUCCGACUUCUCAAGCAACAGUUCAAUAUUAUGUUGGUGUCUUUUGAAAACGCAGGCAUCAGUCUACCGCCAUUCCGUCAACUACACUACUUUGAGACCUCGUCAUUCUUGUUCGAGUUGCUAAAGAAAUUCUAUUUUGGUAUUUUUUUGGAACUUCAAAAGAAAGUGAUGAACGUCGGCUUUUACCUGGAUGCUUUUGGAAACCCAGCUGGCUUUGUGACGGAUUUGAAAGACUUUUUCGCGGGUCUCUUUAUUGAGGGGACGUGCUUUUUCAGAUUCCAUGUUAUGGUGGCUGGCGCAAAGAAGCUCUACGGAUUCCGCGUAUUCGUCGCCUCGUGUGUGCUCACAACGGUAACGAUAGGUUUUGUGCUAUGGGACGAGCAGAAUCAACGGAAUCGACGACAAGAAGGCGUUCGACAACGAUUGAAAAGCGUGCAACAACAACAGAACAUGACCGAUUACGCUAUGCAGAAACAAAAAUAUGAGGAGUACAAAACAACGCACUCG